CCUACGUCGGCUUCGGAUGCUCUCCGCAUCACUCGUUUUGUAUGUCCCAUCGUUGCUCGCGUCGAACUUUGCCAGACCAAAUUGACUUCAUUGGAAUUGUUGGACCAAAGGCCACCGACCUUUCAACCAUGCCGACUUGAGGAAGAGAUACCGCAGAUGCUAUUUGAGACAGAAGGGCUUUCAAGGCAAAUCCAAGUAACAUGUCAGAUGUGGCUUCAGGCAAAUCCUAACGGUGAUUGGGAGCAGACCCAUCCAGAAGUUCAUCUCUGUUAG